AUGCAAGCCUACAAAGCGGGGCGCCUGAAUGGAGGUAGCGAGCGCAGGCGAGGGGUGAAGUGGCUGACGCAACCCCGGAUACUCGAAUCGGAACAGCAACUCUUUCGUUGUUCGAGAAUGAGAGUUUCAAGUUGGCAUGUAUGGAGAUUACAGCCAGGUUCCGAUACAUUGCCAAUGCGGAUCAGCGGCAGUUCGCCCAUCGACUAUCUUCGCUCUUCUCGCCACGCAUUCUGCACGGGUACAGAAGCUUCGACUACAGCAUGGCAGCCUGACCGAGGUCUUCGACAGGGAUUGACGCUGCUGCCCUGUACUUAUAUGUGGAUCCAACGAAGCUCUAUUUGUGAUGGUACGGGUGCAAUCGGCUUGGUUACAAACUCUGAUGGGGUCGAAAGCUCGUGGCAAGAUCAGUCUUCCAAUGGGAGCGCUGAGCGCAGGUAUGGUGAUGUUGCUCCCUUGUCAGACCGCCAGGCUCCAGCGGAGCGGAGUGUCAAUGGAAGCGAGCCUUACCGAGAAGCUCAUUGGCAUGGACCUCAGCGGCGGUAUCCUUGUCGCCGGGGCUCUAUCCCACUUCUCAAUGGCUAUGGUUUGGACACCACGUCAUUCCUUCAGAGACCACAGCUUCUUGGCAGCCUGCUGGUUUCAUCCCGCCUGAUUAGCAGCAGAUCGACGCCCCAAGUCCUCCGUGAAAGACUCGGGUAUUACUACGCAUCCGUCCUUCGCGUUCCUGCGGAUCCCUUUAACCGAGUCUACGGCAGUUGGACUGCUCAGAAUGUAGCGCAAUCGAUAUCACUAGUGCUGGGCAUCACCGUCUUUACUCUGCAGUGGAGCGUACGAUUUCGCGUUGGCGAAUUCAAAUCUCGUAUUUUGGUUGCUGGUGGACUCGCGGGAGCGACAGGCUCAUCCUUGCUUUUCUCAGACUUGGCGUCUAGCGCCUGUUGCACAUUUUGCAAAGGCGAAUUUCUGAUUAGAACCUACUGUUGGAAUUGGCGGAAGGCUGUCGUGGCUAUGAAAGAUCUAUCUUUCGCCACCCUGUGGUCGUUAUUCAAGGAGGAGCAUCUCGGCAUUUCCUUGUUCGUCCCAAUAGCGGAAGCGGCUGUGAUCCUGGGUCAUCGUAGCAAUUUAGCGGAUGGCGGUCCGGAGGUUUUCAUCCGAUUGAAAUUCAUCGAUAUCUCCUCCGUAUCGGCAACACAAUUGAGGCCGGCACAGGCAUCCUGGUGGCUGCAGGCAGGACACUUUGUUACCAAAAGUAAAAGACAGAUAGUGCGGCCCGUCUUAUUGCCGCCGUCGGGAGGAGUUGACUUGCCUGCAACCUAUAGAAAGUGGUCCCAGGGACUUGGUACUAUCAAAGCUAAAACCCAAGGUAACAGUACCGCAUGUCAGAUCGGCGCUCGAGACCAGGUCUCUGAGAUUCGCCUCGAGGACUCCACGCGAAGGCUUCAUGUGUGCUCCGUCAAGCAAUACCUGAUUGAUGUCAAACUGACGCUCUCGAAUGCUGGUAGCUUUCGUGGUUGUAAUGUGGUAAGGAAUAGCUGCAUGACACCCGACUUCUUCAGCCUGUGCGUGGCUCCGAACUUCCGAACCCUCCAAAGUAUAGCGCGACUGCCACGUACUCUCAUCAAAGAAGCAUGCACCCUCUGUAAAGCCUCUGUCAAGGUUUCGGGGGUAUUCUUAUACCCUGAGAGGCAGAUUAUGCCUUUGGCGGGUUGCUGGGCUGAGGUCGUUGCAGCCAAGACUAGCCUGGAUGAUCAAAGAAUUGACAAGAGUGCUCGACUGCCGUUGAUUGUGGUUGGGGUUCUUCUGCCCAUGGAACAUGGAAACAUGCCCGGAGGGCAUUUGCGAGCAAGGCCUCUCCCACUCGGGAAACCAGAGCGCGAGGUCUGCGUCUCUGAGACCCGUACGCCGUACGGACUCGAUGAUACGGAGCACGUGGUCGUUGAUCCUCAUUUGUUUGUCGCGUCCGGUCAAGCUCCAGGCGAUCUCAUGAGCCUCCAUUGGCUCGGUUCGCGGUAUUGGCCCCAUUCAGCACAUGCUCCCGAUCGAUCGUUGCAUUCCCACUGGACGUCCAUGACUAAAUGUGAGGAGACCCAGCAGUCCUCACAGCUACUACACCGUACAGCAAUACCUUCGGAGGGCUAG